AUUUAAAUUGGAGCCCGAGCCGCCCCCUCGCGGGUCGGGUUCCCGUGGGGCAGUGGAGCAGCCGUGGGCCUCCUCGGGCCGUGACCCCGGGUCUGGCGCGGGGUGGGGCCGUGGGGGGGGGCAGGUUUGCGCAAGAUGUGCCGGGGCUGCGCGGGAGAGGAGCGGCGGCCGCGCUGAGCCAGAGCCAUGAGCCACCAGAUCCUGCUGCUCCUGGCCGUGCUGACCCAGGGCCUGGCCACCUCCCAACAGCGAGACAAGGUGCCCUGUGAGAUGGUCGACAAGGAGGUCUCGUGCCAGGGUCUUGGCCUGCUCCAGGUCCCCUCGAUGCUCCCGCGGGACAUCGAGGCCCUCGACCUAUCUGGAAACCAGCUGCGGAGCAUCCUGGCCUCACCGCUGGGCUUCUACAUGGCCCUUCGACACCUGGACCUGAGCACCAAUGAGAUCAGCUUCAUCCAGACAGGUGUCUUCCAGGCCCUGCCCCACCUGGAGCACCUCAACCUAGCCCGUAACCGCCUGGCAGCGGGCAGCGUGCUGAGCGCCCCUGGCCUGGGCCCCCUGCCUCGUGUGACAUCUCUGGACCUGUCGGGGAACAGCCUGUACAGUGGCCUGGUGGAGCGGCUGCUGGGGGAGGCGCCCGCCCUGCUCACCCUCUCGCUGGCCGAGAACAGCCUGACCCGCCUGGCCCGCCAUACCUUCUGGGGCACGCCUGCACUUGAGCGGCUCGACCUGCACAGCAACGUGCUCAUGGACAUCGAGGACGGUGCUUUCGAGGCCCUGCCCCACCUGGCCCACCUGAAUCUCUCCAGGAACUCCCUCACCUGCAUCUCCGACUUCAGCCUGCAGCAGCUACGAGUACUUGACCUGAGCUGCAACAGUAUUGAGGCCUUUCAGACGGCCCCCGAGCCCCGGGCCGAGUAUCAGCUGGCCUGGCUCGACCUGCGGGAGAACAAACUGCUCCACUUCCCCGACUUGGCCGCGCUCCCGAGACUCAUCUACCUGAACGUGUCCAACAACCUCAUCCGGCUGCCUGCAGGGCCGCCCCAGGGCGGCGAGGGCAUCCACGCACCUUCUGAGGGCUGGUCGGCCUUGCCCUUCUCGAACCCCAGCCGGAACACCAGCAGCCACCCCCUCUCCCAGCUCCUGAAUCUGGAUUUGAGCUACAAUGAGAUCGAGCUGGUCCCCGAGGGCUUUCUGGAGCCCCUGACCUCCCUUCGCUUCCUGAAUCUCAGCCGGAACUGCCUGCGAGGCUUUGCGGUGCCGCGCGCCGCCUUCCUGCCUUGCCUCGUGCACCUGGACGUGAGCCACAAUGCGCUGGCGACGCUGGCGCUGGCCUCCAGGGCGCUGGGGUCUCUACGGACACUGCUCCUCCAGGACAAUGCCCUGCAGGACCUGCCCCCGUACACUUUUGCUGGCCUGGCCAGUCUGCAGAGGCUGAACCUUCAGGGAAACCGAGUCAGGCCUUGUGGGGGGCCGGGGGAACCUGGAGCCCUGGGGUGUGUGGCCUUCUCUGGCCUCUCCUCCCUCCGCAUCCUGAACCUGGUGGACAAUGAGAUGGAGCGGCUGCGGGCGGGGGCCUUCCUCCACACGCCGCUUACCGAGCUGGACCUCUCUGCGAACCCCGGGCUGGACGUGGUCACAGGGGCCCUGGCAGGCCUGGAGGCCUCCUUGGAGGUCCUGGCCCUGCAAGGCAACGGGCUGGCCGUCUUGCAAGUGGACCUGCCCUGCUUCAGCUGCCUUAAGCGUCUCAAUCUUGCUGAGAACCGCCUGAGCCGCCUGCCCGCCUGGACGCAGGCCGUGUCCCUGGAGGUACUGGACCUGAGAAACAACAGCUUCAGCCUCCUGCCGGGCAGCGCCAUGGGUGGCCUGGAGACCAGCCUCCGGCGCCUCUACCUGCAGGGCAAUCCGCUGAGCUGCUGCGGCAAUGGCUGGCUGGCCGCCCAGCUGCACCAGGGCCGUGUGGACGUGGACGGCACCCAGGACCUGACCUGCCGCUUCGGCUCCCAGGAGGAGGUGGCCCUGAGCCACGUGCGCCCCGAGGACUGUGAGAAGGGGGGGCUCAAGAAUGUCAACCUCAUCAUCAUCCUCACCUUUGCACUGGUCUCGGCCGUCCUCCUCACCACCCUGGCCACCUGUUGCUGUGUCCGCCGGCAGAAGUUCGGCCAACAAUACAAAGCCUAG